AUACCGAAGGCAUCCAAAAGCUUAGCAACAUAUACACUAUUACGGCAAAAAGUGCUAGUGCUUAUCAAAAUCAUAUUUUUUCAAAUUUUCUGUGCGUGUGAUUAAGAUGUCUCAUGCACAGAAAAGGACAGGUGCUUCCAAGGUUGGGGUUAGCACCACCUCCCGCAAGAGUGUUGCAGCAGUUUCUGGAACUAGUAAAAGCAGAGUAGGGGGUCAAGGUGCAACCUUUGCCAGUAGUAGGAGUAAUGUAUUUUCUUCUGCAAGUGGUAAGAAAUUGGCAGGUAGUGAAGGAGUUAGGGGGACUGUUCCAGGAAAGCCAUAUGUCCAGAUUUUGGAUGACUUAGGACAAGAUGUGACACCACAACCUUUGCUUCACUUGGAUCCUUCAGCUGUCAAGAAAUCUAGCAAUAUACUUGGCGAUGGAUCUGCAGGAACACCUACUGAUCUGAUGUCUCAGGCUUCGAUCUAUCAAGCAGGGACUUUGAACAUGUCACAAAGUACUUAUGGUGGAGGCCCUUUUGGAAGAUCUGUAUUUAGUGCUGAUCAGUCUGAACAGAGAUCACUGGGAGAGUCUAUGGUGGGCCAUGUGGAGGAAGCACAUACCUCAGUAACUGCCUGGGGAGAUAUAAAGCACAAGCGUGAAGAGGUGAAAGAGGUGUUGAAUGAGAGUGACCUGGCUAAGGUUAUUGAUAUUACACUAAGUGAGACUGAGACUAUCUGGAUCCUGGACAUGCCAGGCACUUGUGUAUCUCUGGAAAGUGAUGAAGCAGCUGUUGUCAAAGAAAAGAAUGAAAAAUACAAAGAGUUAUGCAAGAGCAGAGCAGGUAAUGACAGGUACAUGGAGAGAGAAAUGAACACCUUCAAUGACCCACCUAAACUCAAGCUUGUACAGACUCAAAAGAUUGGAUAUGUCGAUGUGGGAAUAACAGCUGCCACGUGGGACAUGUAUGACACAUAUGAGGAGUUGGCUGCAGCACAAAAGAAAAGUGAGGAAGGAGAUGAGGCAGGUGAAGAGAAUCCAGAGGGAACCAUGAGCAGACCUGUCAGUUCUAAACAGAAGGUUGAGACUGUUGAGGGUGACACACAGACUGAUGCCCCAGCUGGAGCAGUGUCCAGGGGACAGACACAGAUCAGCAUCAGGCCAGGGACAGAGAGUCGGGCGACUAUUAUGUCCUCAGUAAUGAUGGGGUCAGAAGCACAGGGCAGCACAGCCACUGGGCCAACAGCUGAACAGAAAGCCAAAGAGGAAGGUGAAGCUAUAAUGAAGUCGGAUUCAUUGAAAAAGAAUCUUGUAAUCAUGGAAAGAGUUGUAAAUCUCAACAGUUACCAACCAAGACAAGCAUCUUAUAGACACUUCCCAAUAUUUGAAGACAUUGACAGGGUUAAAAGUGAAAGUGAAACUCCCCUGCCCAACCAGGUGGCUGUCAGUGAUGCAGGGCCCAGUCUUGAGAGACUUUGGGUAUACUCCUGUCCACUGACUAAAGGCAAAAAUGUCAGUUGUAUGUCAUGGAACAAGAAAAAUCCAGAUCUGAUAGCAAUAGGAUAUGGUCAGUUUGAAUUUACAAACCAAAAAGGUGGCAUGGUUUGCUGUUGGUCACUCAAAAAUCCAGAGUUUCCUGAACGUAUUUAUACCACAGAACAAGGGGUGACAUCGUUAGAUUUUUCAAACACCCAUCCGAACUUGCUGGCGGUUGGAAUGUAUGAUGGCACAGUGGCCAUAUACAAUGUAAGAAGCCAAAACAAUGAACCUGUGCUGGACAGUUUUGAAUCCAAUGGCAAACACAUUGCCCCAGUGUGGCAGCUUAGGUGGAUAGAGAAAGAGCGAGGUUCAGAGGAGAGAGCUGAGGUACUGAUCUCAGUCUCUACAGAUGGGAGAGUGACGCAGUGGUCGAUUAGGAAAGGGUUUGAGUGCACAGAUUUGAUGAGGUUGAAAAGAAUGGCUUCCAAAGCAGCAUUAGUUGGGUUACGUGGUAAAGAAAAGAAGGCAGACUCUUUAAUCACGAGAACAUCUGGUGGUGCUUGCUUUGAUUUCAAUGCCAAGGACACAAACAUCUAUUUGGCAGGCACAGAAGAGGGUCACAUACACAAAUGUUCCUGCUCAUAUAAUGAGCAGUUCUUAGAUACAUACACAGCACAUAAUGGACCAGUCUACAAGAUCCAGUGGUCCCCAUUUGUGCCUGAUGUCUUUGUAAGCUGCAGUGGAGACUGGACAAUGAGGCUGUGGCAUCAGGAGCACCUGCAGCCAGUACUCAGCUGUUACUCUUCAACUAAAUCUGUAUUUGAUGUCUGUUGGUCCCCAAGAUCUUCUACAGUAUUUGCUUGUGUUAAUGAGGCCAGAGUAGAGAUAUGGGAUCUCAGUGAAAGCACGCUUGAUCCCAUCUGGAGUGAAGCAUCUGGACAGCGAUUGACUACAGUGACAUUUGCAAAGAAUUCUGAGUCUAUUCUGGUUGGUGAUAGUGAUGGCAAGGUGACAGUAUACCAGCUACGCGGGAUGCCCCCACCAUCAGACUCUGGCCAAAAGGAGGCGCUCAUGUCCAUCAUCAAGACAUCUCUCGCCAGCCAAAAACAACUGAAGUUGGACAAGCCAGAAGAGGGAGAAGAAGAAGAAGAAGAAGAAGAUGAAGAGGAGCUGGGAGAUAGAUAACAUUAUCCUCUUGACAUUUGACUCUAAUAAACAUUCCAAAAUGGCAUAAACAGCCUUAUAUAGAAACCAAGAGUAACUUCACUAAUAAACUGCUGUCACUGUUGAUUUUGUAAAUAUAUGAAAUUGUAAAUACAUAUGUGGCAAAACUGUAGAUGUAUAGAUUACCAGGUGAAGAGGACAAUUUUAUCUGUUGUUUUGAGUCCAAAUAUUGUGGCUGUCCAAAUAUUUCUAGUGCACAUGCAGAAUGUGAUAACUCCAUUGGGUAUUCUUUAACAGUUUGGGAAGACAUUCAGUAUCAAAAUGGAUAAAAAAUAAUUACUAUUAUCAUUUUAUACCUGUACAUUGUAUAUUGACUUUUUAUGUAAUAGAGUUAUGUCAUUGCAUUUUAUGUGGACAUCUCAGUUUCAAAGUGAUAACACUGAAACCAGCCGUCCAGUUUCUACUGUGAUAUGAAUAA